AUGGCGUACAAUCCGCGGAUGAGCAUAAUUCCGACAAAUCAGCAGCAGAGUCGGUCUCGCAAGAAAGAGGAGGAGGCCGACGCGUUUAUGCGCCUCCCCGACCGCGAGAUCGUGGGCUGCAUAACCGACAUAGGCAUCAACUUUACCGUCGCCGACCUGCAGAAACCAAAUCCGGCGCACGUGCAGCAAAUAUUCGAGUGGUUCGCCGAGCUGCUUCUCAACGCGACGCGCGAGACGGUCGAGCCGGCGAUGCGCGCCGCGGCGGAAGAUGUCUGCGCCGAGUUCUCCGAUGUGAUCCCGCCCGACACGCGCAACCUCAUGGGCUUUUACGUGUCGCUCCGGAGGCUGCUGUUCGAGUGCGGCAUCACCGACUUCACAUUCAACGACCUGUACAAGCCGACUUACGAGCGUCUCGUCAAGAUCUUCAGCUAUCUCAUCAACUUUGUGCGGUUCCGCGAGUCGCAGACGAGCGUCAUCGACGAGCACUUCAACAAGACCGAGUCGGCCAAGUCGCGCAUCGAGACGCUCUACGCCGAGAACCAGGACAACGAGGCGCGGCUCGAGGACAUGCGCCACAACCGCAAGGCCAUGGAGGCGCAGGUGCGCGAGAAGACGAUGCGCAACGAAGAGCUCAAGAGUCGGCUGCUUGAGCUGCGUGAGAACCAGAAGAAGGUGGCGAUGCGCCUCGAGGAUGCCAAGCAGAAGAAGGGCGAGUUGACGAACGCGCUCGAGCAACGGACGCAGGACAAGGUUACCCUCAAACAAGAGAGCGCCAAGUUGCGUCCGUACAUGCUGCAGAGCCCGUCGGCGCUGCAGGACAACCUCGCAGAGCUGCGCGAGAUUCUCAACAACGACAAGGCGCACAUCGACGCGCUGGACCGGCGGGCGCGCGCUCUACAGACGUCAGCCGACUCCUUCACGGUCGUUUCAGCGGACGUGGCGUCGUGCAUCAAGAUUCUGGACGAGAUCGCGGCUGAGCUGGGCAAGGAGGAGGAGGAGAUGGCGCGCAACGCCAAGCAGCGCGACGCGCUCUCGGAGAGGGGCAACAACGCGCGCGAGGUGGAGCGCGCCGAGCAGAUGCUGCGCCGGCAGCUGGCCAAGUGGACGGAGCGGACGGAGAAGCUGCGCGAGCAGAGCGGGCAGAAGGCGCACGAGGCCAAGGAGAAGAUGCACGAUCUGCGGGCCGUGCACAAGCGCUUGACGGAGGAGCACACGGAGAAGACCAAGGAGAUGGAGAUUCGGAGGGUGCGCAUUGAACAGACGGAGAAGAAGAUGCUCGAUCUCAAGGAGAACAUCGAGAACGAGGUCCACAUGGCGUACGACGAGUACCUCAAGAUGGAGGCCCACAUCAAGCUGUACAUAACCGAGAUGGAGCAAACGAUUGGGCAGUGA